UGGCAGUUGAGCAUUUCAACUCUCUCGCUUCAUAUCCAUUUGGGUGGGAUAUCGUCACUUGCAGUUUUGGCGUCAUCACUUUCUACUCUAUGGGUUUUUUUCAAGUGGAGUUGACCAAAAAUGUCCGAGUUCAUCCUCGUCACUUUCACUCUAAAUUAAAGGAAACACUCAUACAGACUUUGAUGGAUGAAGUAGAAGGAACCGUUUCUGGUCGUUUUGGGUUUGUAGUAUCUGUGUUGGAAGUAUUGCAGCCAUUACCCAAAGGAAUAUUGCGAGAAGGAUUUGGUUUUGCUGUUUAUCCUUUAAAAUACAAGGCUUUGGUAUUUCGGCCCUUUAAAGGAGAAGUACUCGAUGCUGUAGUUACCAACGUUACUCGACACGGUAUAUUUGCUCAAGUAGGACCACUAACUAUAUUUGUAUCACGACAUCAAAUUCCUUCAGAUAUGACACACGACGAAGAAACUGCUAGUUAUAUCAGUGUAGUUGAAAAAGCUGAACGAAUUCAACGUGACUCUGCUAUUAGACUUCGGGUCAAUGGUAUCAAAAUAGAUGCUAGUUCAUUUACUGCUGUAGGAACUAUAUUAGAUGACUAUUUAGGACUUAUUGAAUGAUUUCUUCGAGUGAUGCAUACUUUUAUUGUAUUUU